CUCAUUCUCUCAUAAUUUCGCAUUCAAUAACCAACGGAUGAACAUCAUCCAAGACGCCAGCAACGACUUCGCCGAUCUAAAGGCACUGGAGCGGGACAUUGAGGUGCCGUUCUACAUCUACCAAACGCCGUCUAUCAGGAAGCUUUAUGACCUAUGUCAAGAGAGCGCGCGUAGCAUUCUUGAGGGCCGAUGGUCCCCUCAUUUCCCUUUAGAGAAUAGGAAGAACACUAACGAGAUAUACUGGCUGGACCAAUUAUGGAACGAUACAUGGAGGACGUUUGACCCUGACAAAGCGCUCGUCUAUGUCCUCCCAAUCUAUCCCGGUGUGUCGAUGAACAGUACGGGGGAAAGUGAGUCAUUCCACUUGAGCGCUUGAGUUUCGUGUAUUUGGUCCAGUUCUGCUGUAUCAUCGUUCGUGCAAGGAAGGGAAUAGGAAGAAGAUACAUGCACUGGCAGACAAGGCUGUUAAGGAGGUGAGACAUCCUAUGAACAUAUAUGAAUGGGUGUAGCAUUUGUUCAGGUGACGGAGACCCCACAAUGGGAGAGAAACCGCGGGCUCGACCACAUCCUCGUGGUGAGUGUGUACUCAUCCAUGGCUCAUGGCAAAACGAUGUUUGUGUCACUGGAUUGGCUUUCUCAUAAUGCAGCUGACCGAUUUUGAGUUUAAGUACCCUGGUCGCAUGGACAUGGUAUUUGGGAGAGCGUUUUCGACAAUUGCGAGGAAUAUCACACAGGGGCGGCACCUUGCAGACAAUCGUACGGAGACAGAAGAAAAAUGACCAGCCAUCCGCAACGCACAUCUCGUCGAGUAUCCUGUCACAGAGAGGGGCCUCUUUGGAUGUGCUGUCACGAUUCCCCACACGUAUGCGAAUCGCCCAUAAGUAUGCGAAUCGUCCCUGAUGCAUGCACGCAUGACCUCACAUUGCUUACAUUCAGGUCAUCUCUGACAGCGCUGCAAAAAGCCUACCAGCCUUUUGAGAAGGAAAGCCUGCUGAAGCGCGGACUCAUCCAGCCGACGGACGUGUUUGAGGAUGACCGACUUGCCUUGGCUUUCGAUCCUCCCUCGAGACACGACUGGUUUCAACGCGACUACACGAUGUUCUUUCAAGGUAGAUCUGGACUUGCAGGUACCAUACGAAUACGCUGACGGUGUGCAGGACACUUGCACAACGGUCGUCCGUAUCGCAAAUCCGCUUUUAAGCAUUUGCCGGGAUGGCGCUACGUGCCAGGAACUUGCACGGAUUGCCUCCCAAGAACCAAUGUCUUUGUCGCAUCGGGACUCGUGUCAAAACCGACAUACCCUUUAUGUCCCCGCCAAAGGGAUAUCACUCGCGGUACACGCGUCCCAAUGGGCAGGUUCGAGCAGUGCAAAAGUGCGGCAAGGAACCACACAGAUCGCCUCUUCGAGACAGCAACGUUUAUGCAUCGUCUGGCUAACUCCAAGUUGAAUCUAUGUUUUCGUGGUAGAGACGUGACGAGCUCGAGGGUUGCCGAUGCUUUUUGGGCCCGGACGCUGAACGUCCUGAUAAAUGAGCUUGACGACGUUUUCAGAUACGGCAUCCCCUUCCAGUGCGAAAUCCCAUGGAGGUAUGCAGAAAGGACAGUGACGUUAGCACACGACCCGUAUUGUGGGGGUCGGCGCUGUUCCGCCCUACGCAGGAAUUUCACAUAUGCAAUCGAGGGCUCUGUUUUCGAGCAGGACCCUCGCGCAGCGCUAAAGCCCAUACUGGAUGAGCUCUACAAGGACCACCGAGCCGUCACAAAAAAGCUGCGCCUGAUGGACUACUACAGCAAAAAGAUACUGUGGAAUGCACCAAAAAGCGAGACAGCAAGGAGUGUGCUCCGCGCAAUGACACGGCAAUGUCUCACUAACGAGGCGAAGCUCGACUUCAUUGAAAGGACUAGCAAAUAUGGUAAGCCAUCCAUUCACACAGCGAUGCAGAACCGCCGCUGGCUGGAAUCUCGUCUGCGCGUGUCGGGGGGGAAGGUACGGCAGCGAAUGUGCGGGACCAUCCCUUGUUCUCCGAAUGCACUUUCCCUGACACGUCGGUGAAGAGUGACGAGCAGCGAAAAGCGCAUAGCAAGAAGAUACUGUGACUCCACUUGUGUGAUGGCCCUGCUUGGCCUUCUCGUUUCCCCCUCGCCUCCGCCCACCAUCGAUCCCCUUCACCCCGCACCGUCCUAGAUGCUACAGAGGAGAGCACUAAUGGACCAUUAACAAUGAACGAGAAUUAGAGCUCUCAUCGAAAUCGCACCGAACGCGCUGCGGUGUAUAUCUCAUUACUUGGAGAGAGAGAGAGAGAGAGAGAUCACUGCACAGUUUUGAUCUUCUGAAGAGGUGCCUCGACCACCUAAACAAGGAAUGCAGAGCAACACCAUGGAUCAUGUAAUUAGAGCCGUCUGUUUUGAACGCGCCCAAU